ACAGCAACAACGAAGGCCAGCCUCACGCUUCUACAGACAAUCAGUUCGACAAUGGCAGCCACCCUCUCCGUCCGGCCCAACCGCCCUGCCGCCGGUUCACCGUUUCCCUGGCCGCCUUUCCGACGAUCCAGUUCAACAUUUCUCAGUAGAACCGCUUCCUGGAGUGGCGGCGCCGCUGUUGCCCCGCCUCCACGCCGCGCAUUUACAAGGACGCUGCUGCUGCCGGUUCAGGCAACCUCGCGUCCAGACGACUCAGCGCCGUCUAAGAUGUCUCUUGAGCACGCACUUAAGCUUCUUGGAGUCUCUGAAGGAGCCUCCUUCGAUGAAAUACUCCGCGCCAAGAAUUCUAUUCUUGCUACUUGCAGUGACGAUAAGGCGAUUGCUCAGGUUGAAGCUGCAUAUGACAUGCUGCUUAUGCAAAGCUUAACUCGGCGGCGAGCUGGGAAAGUUGAGAACAGUCGCAUCCGAUAUGCUGAUGCUAAACCAAUAAAUUCUCCUGGCUUGGGUUCAUCAUCUCAGUGGCUGCGGAAUAUGCCUAUUACUGUUGAAGCCCCAUCUACUCGUGACUUGGGCAUACAAGCUGGUGUAUAUGGGGCACUAGCAGUCUUGACUUAUGUAAAUGGAGCUUCUUCAUCUUCUUCACUGCCUUAUGCAGGUGCUGAUGUUCCUGGACUGAUCUUGGCAGGUAGCUUUGGAGCUUCCCUGUACUUCAUGACCAAAAGGAACGUAAAAUUAGGAAAGGCAACGGUGAUAACACUAGGUGGCCUUGUGGCUGGUGCAGUAGUGGGGUCUGCAGUUGAGAGUUGGUUGCAGGUUGACGUUGUUCCUUUCCUUGGUGUACACUCCCCUGCUACUGUCGUAAGUGAAUUUGUACUUAUUUCCCAAUUCUUGGUCUCUUUAUACCUUAGAUAGAGUUGACAGAAUCUUGUAGUUUCCCCUUCAUUGUAAAAGUUGUAAUUAUUCAAUUGCUCUUUCCCAUGUUAGUUCUUUGAAGUUAUGUGCUUUUGGAUUCAAAAAGCUCAAUAGAUUGUUGGGAAUGACUUGUGUUUAUAGUGAAGAAUGUAAUAACCAUCGUAUGUUCCCCUUGCUCGAUGUUAGUGU